CUCCCGGUCCUGGGUUUUGUAACCACCCUUCCAUCUCUGCUUCUUCCAUGCUCGUGCUCUGGUGUGAGGUUCCUGGGUUUUGAAUCGUCCUCUAGCUGCCUAUAUUUGUUACCUGAAAAAUGUCCAAUUUCCAAGCGGAGGACGAUGGGUUCGUGGAAGACAUAAAUGAUGAUAUGGAAGACAGAAAUGAUGAUAUGGAAGACAGAAAUAAUGAUAUGGAUUGGGACGAUGAUAUAUUAUCAGGUUCUGAUUAUGACGAAUAUGAUUUCCCAAAUGAUAAAAUACCGGAUACAACCGCAGAGCAAACUCGGAAAGGAAAAGAUAUUCAGGGAAUUCCUUGGGAAAGGCUUAGUAUUACUAGGGAAAAAUACAGGCAAACUAGACUAGAACAGUACAAAAACUAUGAAAAUGUCCCCAAUUCUGGGGAAUCAUCGGGAAAAGAUUGCAAGGUCACUCGAAAAGGGGCCUCUUUCUACGAGUUCCGGCGAAAUUCAAGAUCUGUUAAAUCAACUAUUCUUCACUUCCAGUUGAGGAAUUUGGUUUGGGCGACAUCGAAGCACGAUGUGUACGUUGUGUCACGUUUUCAAGUUAUGCAUUAUAAUACUGUAACAUGUGCAAGCACUGAGGUUCUCAAUGUCUCAGGACAUGUUGCUCCACCUCCACCUGAGGAGGAUCGUGAAACUUUGCUGGAAAGACUUACACGGACUCGAGUUAGUACACUCGCAGUGAAGGAUAGAUUUCUAGUCGCCGGUGGAUUUCAAGGAACAGUUAUUUGCAAGCAUCUUGAUAGACCCGGUGUCAGCUUUUGCUCUCGUAUAACUCAUACUGAUAAUGCUAUCAUUAAUGCUGUUGAGAUCUAUUUUAAAUCGAGUGGUGCACUUCAUUUUACUGCCUCGAAUAAUGACUGCGGGGUCAGAGACUUUGAUAUGGAGAAGCACCAGCUUGUUAAUCAUUUUCGUUUUCCUUGGCCAGUGAAUCACACAUCUCUGAGUCCUGACGGUAAACUCCUGACUAUUGUUGGGGACAACCCGGAGGGCCUUUUGGUAGACUCCAACACGGGAAAGACUGUGGGAACGUUAUCGGGGCACUUGGACUAUUCCUUUGCAUCGGCAUGGCACCCAGACGGGCACACCUUCUCCACCGGAAACCAGGACAAGACCUGCAGGGUGUGGGAUAUACGUAACAUGUCUAAAUCGGUGGCUGUACUGAGGGCAAACGUAGGAGCGAUCAGGUCCAUCCGAUACUCAUCAGAUGGAAAAUACAUGGCAGUGGCUGAGGCAGCGGAUUUUGUGCACGUGUACGAUGUGAGGAAUGGGUACGAGACAGAGCAGGAGAUCGACUUCUUUGGGGAGGUAUCGGGAAUAUCGUUCAGCCCAGACACGGAGGGGCUGUUCGUGGGGGUAUGGGACCGCGCAUACGGAAGCCUUCUCGAGUACAGCAGGGUACAUGACUACUCGCACCUGGACUCGUUUCUUUGAGCAGAGAGAGAGAUAGGAAUAAUAUUAUAUAUGAAAAGAUAGAGAGAGCCUUUGAUUUUUUAUUUAUAUAGAGGUCUGGUGCGGUUUUACAUUCAUUUUUCAUAGGGCGUAAAUGAGGGGGUCCUGUGCGAAUAACGACGAGCUAUUUCGUGUUUGGAUUUUGGUCUCUGCAUUGGUUUUUUUUUUUUCCUUUUUGAGUUGAUGUCUGAGAUGGGACCGAGUUCGGUCGAGUCUAUAAGUGUCGAAGGAGCCAGCCGGUUUGGUUCUGAGCUGAUUCGUUUUA